ACCACUCCAGGGGGCAGCACUUCCUGGGAAAACACUGGACGUCCUCUCGACCUGUCAAAACUCGAAUCCUAACCUAGAAAUGAACGAUUUCUGAACGACAAACAGUCAAAAGCGAAAGCUUCAGGAUGUUGGACAACAAAGCCAACAUAAACGAUCUCCAAAAAUUGGAAGAGGAGGCCAAGGCGACAGCGACAAAACACGUGAUAAAUAUGCUGCAGCGUCCAGGUCAGUUGGAAAAGGUUGAGCAGUACAAGCGCCGAAUAGGACGUAAAAAAGCAUCAGUAGAGACGAUGCUGAAAACAGCAAUGCAAAGUCAGCUGGACGGUGUUAGAGUGGGUUUCCAUCAGCUCCAGAACUCCCUGGAGAGUAUUGAGACAAUAAAAGAGGAGCUGGACCUCAUCGGGCAGUCGUUUGGAUCAGCCCUGGAGCUGUCCUCCAAACUCCAGGCUGUCCAGGACGAGAAUAUGCGUCACUCACAGUACGUAACAGCGAAGGAAAAUCUGAAACACAUUUUCACAGUUCCCGAGAGUGUUGAGAAAACGAAGCAGUGGAUAAACGAAGGAAAACUUCUACACGCCCAUCAGAGUCUGAUGGACUUGGAGAAUUCUCGUGAUGAUUUGCUGUACGAGCUCCACAAACUUCCGAAUCAAUCAAUACCUGACAAAGUAAUGCUGAAGGCGUAUUUCGAGGACGUUGAGACAUUGUCACAGCUGAUGGAGAAACAAAUUCGGCUGGUGCUGAGUCGAACGUUGAAUACAGUUAGAAAAGAGCCAACAGUGAUUGUCACAGCCUUGAGGAUAAUUGAACGAGAGGAGAAGGCGGACCAUUUUGCCACCGAGAGGCAUCGUCAAAGUGGCUUUAUGCCACCAGCAAGGCCGAAAAAGUGGAAGGACAUGGCCAUGAAGGUCCUGGAGAAGUCGGUGGGUGAGAGGAUCGAGGGAACCCAAGCUGAGGACCGAAAAACCAACAAAAUGUGGCUCGUGAGGUUCUUGGAGUUAACCAGGCAGCUCAUCCUCGAGGACUUGAGGGUCGUGAAGACGUUGUGUGGCCCCUGCUUCCCACCCAAGUACGACAUUGUCAAUAAAUUCGUUAAAAUGUACCACACAAACCUGUCCCAGCAUCUGAAAGACUUGAUCGCUGGGGGCUUGGAGGGGAACGAAUACGUCUCCCUCCUCGCCUGGAUUAUGAACACCUACACAGGACCUGAAUUAAUGCAGCAUCCAGAACUGAAUAUCGACACGACCGACAUUGGGCCCCUCCUCAGUCCUGAGAUACUGAACGAUCUCCAGGAGAAAUACCUCAGGAACAUGUGCCAGAAUUACGAAGACUGGAUGAAGAAAACUGUGGAAACUGAAAAGGUUGAGUGGUGGAGUGGUGCCUUGAAUGAGAGCAGCACCCAGGACACCUACUACCACACAUCAGCUCCUGUUAUCAUCUUCCAGAUGAUCGAUCAGAAUCUCCAGGUGACCAAGACCAUCAGCACGGAUUUAACAGCCAAAGCUCUUGUUGUUUGUAUCGAACAAGUCACGAAAUAUGGAGUUAUGUAUCGUCAGGCCAUUCUCGAGUUCAAAGCAAAACAUUUCGAGGACAGAAGUCAGGUACCUUAUUUCACUCAUCACAUGAUCACUGUUGUUAAUAAUUGUCUACAGUAUGUGGAGCUGGCACAGCAGAUGAAACAGCUAUACUGGGUGACAAAUGCCAGUGGUGAUGCUGCUGUUAAAUUCGAGGGCCUCUUGAGUCAUUAUCAACAGUUGAGAAACGAAGCUGCUGCCAUUUUGUUGGAGGAAUCCUUUCUGGAUCUCGAGCCACAGUUUACGGAUUUGAUGACACCCAAGUGGCUCAAUUCACCGAUUCCUGUGGAAACCAUUUGCGUUACACUGGAGGAUUAUUUUCAAGAUUACAAUCAUCUCAGGAACAAGAAUUUCGAGUAUAUUAUCACAGAGGCACAGAAUUUAAUUGCCAGGAGGUACAUUGCUGCAAUGCUCCAGAGAAAAAUAUCUCUGAAGACUUACGACGAGUGUCUCACCUGCACAUCCAAAAUCAUGUCUGAAUCAGAUAAAUUGAAGGGAUUCUUUGUGAGGAUAGCCCCCAAAGUUGGCAAUUUUGAUUCUCCUUUCGAGAUUAUCAAGAGACUGGCGGAAGUACUGAGGUGUGAAGACCCUGAGAUUUUAUCCCUGGACCUCCACUCGUUGGCUGAAAAAUAUCCUGAGAUGACUGAGGACCAUCUGGUGAGGCUGUUGAGCCUGCGGGGUGACAUUUCCAGGAGCGAAGCCAGGGAGAAGAUCAGCUAUAUCCUCGAGACACAGAGGAACAGACGAACAAGCCAAACCAUCACUAAUAGUAUUUUCAAGCACAUUGUCCUGCAGGAUAGCUUUCUUAGUUGGAAGCCUUGAGGCAGGAACUUGGGGGUCAAUGGGGAAUAGAGAAAUUACCAGCGUAUGCCUUCAGCAACUAUGAAAAUUGAUAUUUUAACGGAUUAAAUAUGUGAUUAAUUGAUCCGUGAUACUGAAAAGAUUUCACGUUGUUUGUAACAAAUGUUGUAACAAAGAAUAUUUAAUUUUUAUUCUCUUAGGUUUACUUUCUUCUUGAAAAUUUUAAUUUUUUUUAUUAAUUCAAAAUUAAUAAAAAUGUGGUUAAUGAUUAA